AUGAAUGCAUCCAAUACUAGUUCGGAGGCUUUAUUUCCAUCGAGUUAUCCUGAGUACGUAUACAAUUUCGCCUAUGGCUCGAACAUGCAUCCAAAUACUUUAACUCGCCGACGAAAAAUUCAACCCAUUGAAUCUAUUCCUGGAAUUUUGGAAGGAUGGCAGUUGACGUUCGAUUUGCGUGGUAUUCCAGGUGUUGAGCCAUGCUUUGGAAAUAUUAAAGAAAAUCCUGACUCGGAAAUUCAUGGAAUAUUACAUAAGAUGACUAGUAAAGAUUUUAGACAUCUAAUGACAACUGAAGGAGGUGGAGGAGUAGAUGCAAAUGGAUACAUACCGACAAAAUUGAAUGUACAUGCUUACGACGGUCGUAUAAUUGAAGCUUAUGCAUUAGUAGUGCGUCAAACAAGUCCAGCCAUAUUGUGUCAUCAUGCAUUGCCCAGUAAUAGGUACAUUGGUCUUCUACGUAAUGGUGCAGCACACCAUAACAUUCAUCCAUUGUACAUUGAAUAUUUACAAUCUCUACCUUCGAUCGAACGUAACAAAUUUAUAAUGGUAUUAGUUACCAUUGAAAUAUUAUCAGUAGUUACAUUGUUAUCUCCCAUCUGGAUCCCUACAGUAAUUUAUUAUGCAUGUUUACAUAGAAAAGCACAGAUUCGAACAUUUCUUUUUAAUAUGAUUGUAACUAAUUUAUGGCGCAUUUAUCGUUUGUGUGGAGCAUGGAAAGAUAUUCGACCUUAUUAUUCUGCACCAUUUCCUCGAGGCAGUACUUAUUUUAAAGCAAACACAGACGGCUUCCGUACUGAGGUUACGAUUGAUGAACACACUUUAUCAGAUACUGCAUCAGAUAUUUCAUCGGAAUCGAAUUCAUUUGAAUUAUUGCCAAACGUUAUCAAGCAACGCAAGAAUAAUCAAAGUAUGAUUGAAGUAGCUCAACAGGAGUAUCCUGAAUGA